AGAGUUACUGGCCACAUGGCAGUUUCUGACAUUAAAGCAAAACUUAAGCUGAAUCCUUUAACAAAAGUACCCAACUUCCAUGGCAAGAGGUACAAAAAUUUACCAGGACCUCUGCCAUGCCAGUUACAGCACAAAGAAAGGAAAUUGAGCCUUUCACAAAUGCGAGCUUUCCAAGAUGCCUACAACUUCUUUAACAAGGAUAAAACUGGCUGUAUUGAUUUACAUGGAAUGAUGUGCACUUUAGCUAAGUUAGGAAUGAAUCUAACCAAGCGCGAUGUCUAUAAUGAAUUAAGAUGUGCUGAUAUUGAUCGAGAUGGGAAGGUGAAUUUCUCAGACUUUAUAAACGUGCUAACAGAUAAGAACCGCUUCCUUAAGGCUGUGGUUCCAGAAAAGGAGACUUGUUUAGCUGGCAACCCCGGGAUCUUAUUGUUUGAAAUCCUAUCAAAGCUUGUAGAGACCACAGCCUUACCCAGAAGGGCUAUAAUGGAAAUAGUAAGCUAUUUCCGAAGAAAAUUCCAAGAAACCACCUCAGGAAUGGCAUGGAGCCCCUACACUCUGGGUUAUGGAAAAGGGAGAUUUAUCCCAGACAUAUGCACACCUCCAAGCUCAAGCACAGCUGCCUUUGCUCAUGCUGCUCGGAUUGCAAUAACGGAAGAAAAAGAUUUAUUUAAAUUUCUUGAAGAUCUCAAGAGAUGCAACCCUCCUUCAGAUAGCCCAUAUUCAAAAAUACCCAUCUUUCCUCUGUUUCCUAAUGUGGAUGGGGUAGUGAUGGGAAAGCCAUUCAAAGACGUACAGAAAUUAGAAAUGCUAAGGAAAAAGGAGCCUCUGAAUUUCUUUGAGGACUAUUUUUUCCAUAAAAAAGACUGGAAAACACAGGCAGCAGAUAUAAAGCCUGUCGACCCUAACUCAGGCUACCCAACUGACAUCCUUGCCAUUGACCAAAUGCUCAAGAAAAAGCAGAACUUGACAGUGUCUGAUGCCGCUGCCGUUAAACAGCAGGUAAAGAGGGCUACGGAUAACUAUAACUUGGGAAUUGCCCUUGAGCACCGGAAACAAAUGCUAAACCUCUGGCGAAAGAUCCGAGGGGAUUUGAUUGGAAUAGACAGUAAAAACGAGUCCUUUUAUGACACCUUUUCUACUUAUACAUGGUCCUGGAAUGUCUGCCAAGAAUUACUUUCCCCAAAAGACUUAAGGUUACAUGAUGCCUACGUGAAUAGAAAUUCCUUCCACAAUUCUGUAUUCCCUUCCUCUUCGGAUAUCAGUGAAUGUGAUACAGACACAGGAAGAAAAAGAAAACGGAAAGGUGGCAAAGGUUUUCGACAAUGA